AUGUUCGAACCUGAAGAAGGGGCUCUUAGGCCGGAUGUGGUGUAUGGUAGAGGUAGAUGCCAAUCCGAUGUGCCACUCAACACGAAAAGAGGACCUAUCGUUGGGACCCGCUUCUCUCCCAAUCCUGACACGAAGGUUUCUUACGAUGCCUUCCUAGGAAUACCGUAUGGUCAAAUACCGGCCAGAUUCCAGAUGGCCGUUCCCAGGACACCAUGGAGUACAGCCAAGGACACAAAGACAGAUGGACCUGCAUGUCCUCAGAUCUUCGGAACUUUCAAAGAAGAUUGUCUUUACUUGAACGUCUUUACUCCAGUAAACGCUGCAUCCUCCCCCUCCAAGUACCCUGUGAUGGCCUUCGUUCACGGAAGUGCAUUUACCGCGUCCUCCAGCAGUUCGCUGCUAUACGGUCCUGACUUCCUGAUUCCUGAAAAUGUGAUUCUGGUCACUUUCAACUACAGGCUGGGAGCUGUUGGUUUUCUGACGUUAGGCUCCAAGGUAGCUCCAGGUAACCUUGGACUGACCGACACUCUGUUGGCUCUUCAGUGGAUACAAGACGAGAUCUCGAUAUUCGGCGGAGAUCCCGACCACGUCACUCUGUUCGGUGAAAGUGCGGGGAGUGCCAUAGUCACCUCCCACUAUCUCUCCUCCCUCUCCACAGAUCUCUUCGUGAAUGCGAUAGCCCAGAGUGGCUCAGUGCUGUCGGACUGGGCAGUGAUAUCAGUGGCCGAGGGCACUCGGAGGGCAAAGGUGCUGGCUCAAGCACUCGGUUGUAACAUCACCGAGAACGAUAGGACUCUUCUGUCCUGCUUGCAGAAGGCAGAUAUCAACGACAUCGUCGCUAAACAGUCCAUCGUCCUUCCCUCAGAGGAAAUAAUCUCAGGCUCCGGAGGACUUCGUUUUGUCCCAGUUUUGGACUCAUACCUCAUGGCUGACGUACCAUUCUUCAACGACACUCUGGAGGGACUCAAGGUCGCGGCGAUGGCUCGGGGGAAGUCUCUCAUAAUAGGGAUAACCACGGACGAUGGGAUUGUCAAGUUUUUGUUGGAUGACUCUUGGAAAGAGGGGGAAAGCAAUGUCGAAGACUUUAUCCCUCGUCGAGUCCGAGACGCAGUCAGUCCCGACAGACUUCUAGUAAUGGGACAAGACAUACACGACCGGUACUUUCCAGACACCUUUGACCAGAACAAGGUCCUCAGCCUGCUUAGACUGAACACAGAUACGCUAUUCUCGUACCCCGCAGCAAAGAUCUCUAAUUACUUCGCCAACCUGACGUACGGAUACGUGUUCAAAUACUACGGAUCUUGGUCUCAACCCAUUCAGUUCCCGUACCAACUCAAGACCGUGAACCACGGAUCUGAACUACCCUACAUAUUCUACUUCAGUAAAGUCAGUCUACCGUUGGACAGCUGCUCCUUCAACGCAGAAAACAUCGCCAUGAAAAACAAGAUGGUCAACUGGUGGACUACUUUCGCCAAGUAUGGGAGCCCUGGUUCUCAAUGGGGGACAGUGUCUACUAUGGGGUACAUGGUCAUCGACUCCACCAAUUCUAUUAUGAGUAGUUCCACUUUCAACAGUGAAUACUUCAACUUCUGGGACGUUAUGGAGAAGUCUGACAGCUCAACCCUAAACGCCAACGUCGCCAAUCUCUUCCCCACAAUUUUUAUCAUAAUCUCAACAUCGUUAUUAUCAUAUUCCUAGAUUAAUCUCAAACUGUAAAUUUAGUUUUAAUAUAUUCACCCUGACUUACUAAGAUAACUUGAGUUCGAUUCGUACCAAGUUUUAUUUUAUUCCUGACAGAUUCAUUAUACUGACUUUUAUAAAAAACGUUUGAAUCUAUCGUUAAGAGCCUCGGAUGAGUUUUGUGACUUUUAUUUCUUGUUGUAACACAUUAUAUAUUCAUUUUAUAUAGCUACUUUUGUAAUUGAGUGAAAGUUACAAAACUUUGUACUAUGUGGAAAUUUCUUAAUUCAAAAAUAAAACUGUGCUCCACAAAAGAACAUAAAAUAUAACCUUAAAUACAUCCUGUGGUGAUUUUCAUAUA